UUAAAUCAUUCCCACAAAGAAAUCAAACAAAGAUGGCUAAGAAUAGUGCUUCCAUCACUUCUUUCUACUCUUUUCUUUUGAUAUCUUCCAUUCUAUUUGCUUCAUACUUUCAUGCCUCAAAGGCACAAACCAAUGCCCCACCAGCAGUAAAAGGGUUGUCCUAUGGUUUCUUUGCCCAAACAUGUCCUAACCUUGAAAACAUUGUGAGAAAACAUCUCACUAAGGUGUUCAAAUCAGACAAUGGCCAAGCUCCUGGCUUACUUCGUAUCUUCUUUCAUGAUUGCUUUGUUCAGGGAUGUGAUGGAUCAGUGCUACUGGAUGGAAAGCCAGGAGAAAGAGAUCAACCACAAAAUGGAGGCAUGAGAACAGAAGCUUUGAAAACUAUUGAUGAUAUUAGGGCUCUUGUCCAUAAAGAGUGUGGAAGGAUUGUUUCUUGUGCAGAUAUCACUGUCUUGGCUGGCCGUGAAGCUGUUUUCCUAUCAGGAGGACCCAAUUUUCCAGUACCACUAGGAAGAAAAGAUGGAACAUCUUUUAGCAUAAAAGGAACAAGUAACCUACCCCAACCAUUCAACAAAACAGAUGUUACACUCAAAGUUUUUGCAGCCCAAAACUUUGAUGUCACAGAUGUUGUUGCAUUAUCAGGUGCACACACAUUUGGUCGUGCACAUUGUGGAACAUUCUUCAAUAGACUCUCUCCAGCGGACCCUACAUUGGACAAAACCCUAGCUCAAAACCUUAAAAACACUUGCCCUAAUGCAAAUUCAGGUAACACUGCAAACCUAGACAUAAGGACCCCGGCAACAUUCGACAACAAAUACUACCUUGAUUUGAUGAACAAACAAGGUUUGUUCACUUCCGACCAAGAUUUGAACAUUGAUUCGAGGACGAAGGGUUUGGUUAAUGAUUUCGCUGUUAAUCAGGGUUUGUUCUUUGAGAAGUUUGUUAAUGCUUUUAUUAAGGUGAGUCAGUUGAAUGUUUUGGUUGGAAAUCAAGGUGAAAUUCGUGGUAAAUGUAAUGUGGUAAAUGGUGGUAAGAAAUCUGUUUUGUCUACUUUGGUGGAAGAGGGAAUGGACUUGAUUGAGCAAUUUUAAAUUUGAGGCAUAGUUUGUUAAUUAUUUGUGUUGUUCUUCUAGUAUUUUGUUGUUGAUGUUGGCUUUUUGGUGUAUUUUGGGGUUUUAAUGUUUCUUGUUUUAAUGUAUGACUCUUGUAAUAAUAAGAACGGUUCACUAGUUCAAUAUGUACUUGAGUUUGCUAUGGAAAGAAAAUCUUGUUUUUCUUUCUUGUACUUAUGUUACUUAAUUAUACUUUUACUCUUA